AUGGCGUCUACAACACCCACAACAACGCCCUCGUACCGGCGCACACGCAGCAAAUCACCACGCUCACGUCCGACCACGCCCCUCCGCCCGUCUUCCCGCUCCUCAUUACGCGACUCAUCCCAACGCGGUCGCGCUGCUUCGGCAUCUGGCAACGCGCUUGAAGGCUUACAGGACGGAUUCGCAGAGUUGAGCGACGCCAUGGCAGACCUUGAGCAAAACUUCUUGCAAUUGCAACUUAUGCACGAGAGCCUGGCACGUUUCUCAGAGAGUUUUGCGGGGUUUCUGUAUGGAAUGAACAUGAAUGCUUUUUGCGUAGACUUCCCGGAGGCUCCUGUUCCAGAAUCCUUCAAGCGCCCACAGAACCAACCUGAUCAGGGUGCCGCAAACCUGAAUCGCUCUCAAGGCCCAGAAGAUAUGGAAGCCACGUUCUUAACGACCGACACUUCAUUCGUCGACAACCCGCCGAGUAGUAAAAUCCACUCCAAAUUCCAGAACCCGCAAACACCAGCACCUGCUACGAGGACAAGUGGUGUACCUAGAGGAAGAGGGGGAAUACCACGAGCAGGCGGACGGGGUGGUAUACCUACACGCGGCGGUGCACCUAGAGGAACCAGGGGUGGUACAGGCAUAGCAAGAGGUGUCGCUGGACGGGGUCGCGGAGCACGUUGA